GACCUGUAAUUCAACGCAUUUUGAUCACAAACAGUAACAUGACAAAUGUAAUCACUUAAAACUAGCAACCACGUAGCGUUCGUCACAUUGCAACACUGUGUCCGGAUCACCUCUGACGUAAUCCAUUCACUGCCUGCUACUCCUCUAUGCCACUCAUAUAACUCUCAAUAGUAGAAAACAUUAAACUGCAUUUGUGAACCGGUUAAAUGCGGUUUUCCCACCAAAUAUUAACUGGAUAAGCUGUAGUCCCUCGUAAUUAAAAGUCGCUGCACGCAGUGGUAAAGUGCAUAGGCGAACAUGAGACGUUCCUGAAGUUCUAUAUGGGGUUUAGGAUUUGCUGUAGCCUAACUUUAAUGGCGGCGCAGACUUUGCACCUUUCUCCUAUAUUACAUUUAUCUACGCGCUCCUGGAUCAGGUCGUCCUUCACAACUACCAUGACAGGGGCCCUCGCCUUCCUGUCUGUGCAGCCAACACGGGCUCUUGUUGACGAGAAGGUCCAGGUGGUUGUGAAGAAUUUAACGCCGGGGCUUGCAGUGACACUACAUUCCCUUCAUCAAUCGGAGGACAACGACUACUGGGAGGCCUUCGGACAUUAUAUUAGCGAUGACAGUGGCACGGUGACAGUGUCUAAGGACGCCAGUGUUGGAGGCACGUAUCGGGGUGUAGAGUCAAUGGGUCUGCUGUGGAGUAUGGUGCCUGUGCCAGGCAGUCGACCAGGCCUCAGGCUAAGGAAGAAGGAUGUCCUCUCUCCCAUAGUGGUGCUCAUGUCUGUGUAUGAAAAUCACCUGUCAGAGGGCUUCAUGAAGCAGCCUCCUCUGUCGUCCAUCUGUACAGAGCGUUGGUACACAGCCCCAGGUGUACGCAGGAUGGAUAUAGAGGAGAAUGGUGUCAAAGGGACCCUCUUUCUACCUCCAGGUCCUGGACCCUUCCCUGGGGUGUUGGAUAUGUGGGGAGGGGGCGGAGGUCUGGUGGAGUACAGGGCUGCCCUUCUAGCAUCACAUGGAUUUGUUACCCUGGCAUUGCAGUACCUUUCAGUUGAAGGUGCCGGGACCACAGAGCUGGAGCAGAGCUACUUUGAGGGCGCAUACAGGAUUGUACAAGAGCAUCCCCUGGUGUUAAAAGACAGGGUUGCACUCUUUGGUCUGUCUUUCGGAACUUCAGUGGCCCUAAAUAUGGCGGUUUAUUCCAAAGUUAUCCGUCCCCGGUGCUGUGUGUGUAUCAGCGGCAGCCAUGUCCUACCCAUCAACAAACCCACCCACUUUGUGUUAAAGGAGAUGAACAAGAACAUUAACAAGAUACGAUUGGACGAGGAAGGCCGCAUUAUUUGGAAGGAUAUUAUUCUGCCUAUUCCGUCAGAUCCAGACAUGAAAGUUGAUGUGGGGAAGAUCAAAUGCCCGUUGCUCUUAGUUGUCGGUGAGGAUGAUCAGAACUGGCCCACAAGUGAAUCUGCUGAGGAUAUUUCCAUGAUGAUGCAUGAGGCAGGAAAUGAGCACCUGCUGACCCUUCUGUCCUACCCUGGUGCUGGCCACCUCAUCGAGCCUCCCUACACUCCCCACUUCAGAGCCAGCAACUUUAUAGUGCAUCAUUCAAAAGAGAAAGUGAUCAUGCUGUGGGGAGGACAACCAAAACCACAUGCCGAUGCACAGGAAGACUCCUGGGAAAAGGUCCUAGAAUUUCUACAGCAACACCUGUACCCCGGCUAUGACUCAGCACCUCAGGCCAAACUGUAAUGUGACAUCCUGUAAACACAAUGACCAGGAAAAUGUAGCUUUACUUAGAUUUGAAAGCAAUCAAGUUUGUAUUUAAUAUGUAUUUAAGCAGUUGAAUGAAAUUAUCACACAAAGAAUGUGAAGAGAUUGAAUGGGGUUUAUGAAUGGUUUUCAAUGGUGUUUUAUAAAAUAUCUAAUAUCUUCUGGGCCAAUUAACUGAACUGCCUUAGUAGUAUUAAUUAUAAAAGUUACUUGAGCAGUGAUUAUUAAGUAUUAUUAUGGUAAGAAAUCUUUAAUAAACUAAGAGAUGUCUUGUUUAAUUUUA